CUACACCUGGUCAAGCCCUGCCUCGACCUCGUCCCGUGGAUAUACAGUCUCGUUUUCCUCGCCCGCCUCCCUUUUCUCUCCUCUCCGCCGGUCCUCACACAUGCAAUGGCGUCGUAUGCCCACAGCACAUCCAGCUCCGACAACAUCUCUACGCCCCGGUCCAUUUCCCCCUCAUCCGUGGCGUCAGCCCGGUCGUCGCACUCGUCUAUAUCUAGUUCCAAGCGCAUGUCCAUCUCGUCGUCGCGCAGGAUCUCGGCCGCGAACCCAAUGUCGUCUGUUGAUAUUGCUACCAUUGAGGAAGCCAUGAGAAUGGCGAACCUCGACACCCUCCGCGGCUACGCCCAGAACCACUACGCCGAGGUGCACCAGUAUGCCACGACCGAGUACAUCACGCAAAACCAGGCUCUUGGCUACCAGGUGCUGAACGAGCCCAUGUGGAACAAGGGU